GCGUGUUUGCAUUCUUCCUCCGACCGUGGCUUCCAUUCUUAGUCCCGUCUCCCCCUCUUUCUCUUUUCCUCUUCUUCUUCCUCCUUUUCCUCUUGAUCAGGACCGGUAUCUUGAAAGAAGGAUUGUUUGGUGAAUCAUGACGUGUUCGACUUCUUGAAGAUUCCGUCAGAUAUCGAAGGAGAUCGGCGGCGGCAGCUUUGGAUGAGAGCAGUUCUUGCGGGGAUGGAGAGUCAGGAGCUACACGAAGUCACGAGUCCGAAACCUGUUUGUGAUUCCUACAAUCAAAUGGAUGUGGAUGCGAAAACAUCAUCGAUGAGUAUUCCUCGCUCGAAGGAGAUUGAUUCACCUGUGACGGAACAGGCUCCCAGGGUGAGGAAACCUUAUACAAUAACAAAGCAGCGAGAGAGGUGGACGGAGGAAGAACACAACAAGUUUCUUGAAGCUUUGCAGCAGUACGGGCGUGCUUGGCGCCGUAUAGAAGAACAUAUAGGUACAAAGACAGCAGUUCAGAUCAGGAGUCAUGCCCAGAAGUUCUUUUCUAAGGUGGUUCGCGAGUCUGGUAGCAAUGACAACACAGGCACGUCGAAGGGCAUCGAGAUUCCUCCCCCUCGGCCAAAGAGGAAACCAGUGCACCCGUAUCCGCGUAAAUUGUCUCACUCAUCCAACAAGGAGAUUCCUGCUCUGAAACAACUUGAGAGGCCUCGUUUGCAGAGUCCUAUAAUCUGUGAGCAGGACAACAGAUCGCCUACAUCAGUUCUAUCGGCUGUUGGAUCGGAAACCAUGGGUUCCGUGUUCUCAAUUGGCCAAAAUGGUUGCUCAUCUCCGGUUUCAUCUGCUGCUGGUUCAAAUGAUCAAGAUGAUCGAGGACAGUCACCUACUAUGAUGGUUCAAGAAGAGCAUAAGCUUCGAGGUUUUGACCCGGCAGUUCCUGCUUCGACUAGGCAAGAUCAGCUUCCAGAGGUGAUAGACCAUUGCCCUAAUGCAUACACCUCAUCCGAAGCACCAUUACCAACUCUCAAGCUGUUUGGAAAGAUGGUAGUCGUGACUGAUUCAAACGUUUCAUCUGCUUCCGGUGCUGCUAACAUCGCACAGCCCCAGCCAACCUCAUCCGUUGACAUCAAAGGUCUCCAAGAGAACAAAGCUCUUAAUUUGCAUUCCAAGGCUGAAAUGUGGUUGCAAAGAGCAAGACAUGGAGUUUUUAUUGGGGACUCGAUCAGAAGUACAUGCGAUGCUUACCCUGGUCAGCCACCCCCCUUGUUGUAUCGCUUUCCGUUAGUAGGAGGCCACUCUGUAGAGCCUACGUUUCUUUCUCCACCAUGGUGGUCCAUUUAUGGCAACUUGCCUUUCUCGUAUAUCCAUCUGCAACCACAGUAUCCUCUGCAAUUCGGGAUGGAAGCCGCAGGCAAUGAAGACAUUCAGAGGGAGGGUUCUUGGACUGGUUCUAACACUGCAUCGACCAGCGGAGCAGGACUAACCGAUCCAAAUGCUGUUGUGGUGAACUCAAAUAAAGCAGAAAAUGUGGCAGAGAGUGAUUCAAUGCCUUGCACGAGUCUAAAGCCGAGCAGUAUGCCGGCUUCCCGAAGAGGGAGCGGGGGCUCCGGAAGGGGAUUUGUGCCUUACAACAGGUGUGCCGUAGAGAGUGAAGUGCAGCAGUCAGUGACGGCCAGUGAAGAUGGUGAAAGCCAGGCAAUAAGGUUGUGUUUGUAGCCGGCAUGGCCUCAAAUACGAUACUAGAUAUACCUCAUCCUACUCACUUCAAAUAUGAUACUAUAUAUACCUCAUCAAGCUUUUCGUCUGCAGAGAUGGUUCUUUAACAAGAAGGGAAGACUGUUGAACUGUGAAUUGUGGUAACAGUUGGAGGAGCGUUAGUUAGGUCUGCCAUCUCUGUUGCUUGUUGUAUGUAGAUCACUUCAUGGACUGAUGAAGCUUCAGUUCAGUUGUAGCAACUCUUAACUCUCUCUCUCUCUCUCUCUCUCUCUCUCUCUCUCCAUUGUCAUACAACAGUCGUCUCUGUCGUAUGUUGUAAAACAUGUUGAUGUUGGUAAAUCCUGCUGUUGUUCCUUUA